GUUAUAGUCCCUCUCAGUGGGCUGUAUCACCUCGUCUCUAUUCUUUUAACUAGGUUAUAUUGUCCCUCUGCAGUGGGCUGUAUCACCUCUUCUCCUAUUAUUUUAACUAGGUUAUAUUGUCCCUCUGCAGUGGGCUGUAUCACCUCUUCUCCUAUUCUUUUAACUAGGUUAUAUUGUCCCUCUGCAGUGGGCUGUAUCACCUCUUCUCCUAUUCUUUUAACUAGGUUAUAUUGUCCCUCUGCAGUGGGCUGUAUCACCUCUUCUCCUAUUCUUUUAACUAGGUUAUAUUGUCCCUCUGCAGUGGGCUGUAUCACCUCUUCUCCUAUUCUUUUAACUAGGUUAUAUUGUCCCUCUGCAGUGGGCUGUAUCACCUCGUCUCCUAUUCUUUUAACUAGGUUAUAUUGUCCCUCUGCAGUGGGCUGUAUCCCCUCUUCUCCUAUUCUUUUAACUAGGUUAUAUUGUCCCUCUGCAGUGGGCUGUAUCACCUCUUCUCCUAUUCUUUUAACUAGGUUAUAUUGUCCCUCUGCAGUGGGCUGUAUCCCCUCUUCUCCUAUUCUUUUAACUAGGUUAUAUUGUCCCUCUGCAGUGGGCUGUAUCACCUCUUCUCCUAUUCUUUUAACUAGGUUAUAUUGUCCCUCUGCAGUGGGCUGUAUCACCUCUUCUCCUAUUCUUUUAACUAGGUUAUAUUGUCCCUCUGCAGUGGGCUGUAUCACCUCUUCUCCUAUUCUUUUAACUAGGUUAUAUUGUCCCUCUGCAGUGGGCUGUAUCACCUCUUCUCCUAUUCUUUUAACUAGGUUAUAUUGUCCCUCUGCAGUGGGCUGUAUCACCUCGUCUCCUAUUCUUUUAACUAGGUUAUAUUGUCCCUCUGCAGUGGGCUGUAUCACCUCGUCUCCUAUUCUUUUAACUAGGUUAUAUUGUCCCUCUGCAGUGGGCUGUAUCACCUCUUCUCCUAUUCUUUUAACUAGGUUAUAUUGUCCCUCUGCAGUGGGCUGUAUCUGUCUCCUAUUCUUUUAA